UGACCUUAAUUCUUGAUCAUGGUCACCACGACCAAAACUAACCAGUCAAUCAGUUGCUGGCCUGUUCUUUUCAAAAUUCGCCACCUCUGAAUCAAACACUUCAAUAAUUCUGAUUUGAUACCAAAACUUUACUCCCUUCUACUCCAUGAAACCAGAUUUCAGACAAGGCGAAAGCGUUUACGAGGAGAAAGUAUGGCAGCAGGCAACGCUUAUUCUGAAUCCUUGAGGCGGAGCUUUAUGGGAGCAAACAGAGAAGGAUUGCUAUCCAGAGAUGGGUGUUCUUCAGAAUUGGAAUGGGGGAUUCCUUCUCAGUCUGCAAACCGAGGUUUUUUCCACGGUUUUCGCGACAGAGUUUCCGCGUUCUUCGGAGAAGUUAAGGAGACUUCGAUCAAGGCCUAUGAGAUGGGCCGCAAAGAUCCCAGGAAAGUCAUAUUUGCUGCUAAAAUGGGGUUGGCUCUCUCGCUUGUUUCUCUGCUCGUUUUCUUCAAGGAACCGCUUAGCUACAUUGGGUCUAAAUCGGUUUGGGCGAUCCUCACUGUUGUUGUCGUCUUCGAAUUCAGCAUAGGGGCAACUCUUAGUAAAGGAUUUAAUAGGGCUCUUGGGACUUUUUCUGCUGGUGGACUAUCUUUGGCAAUUGCUGAAUUAUCUUUCCUGGCUGGCAAAUGGCAAGAAGUAGUAAUUACUAUCAGCAUCUUUGUGGCAGGUUUUCUAGCAUCUUACUUUAAACUGUACCCUACGAUGAAGCAAUAUGAAUAUGGAUUCAGGGUGUUCUUGUUGACAUAUUGUAUUGUCUUAUUAUCUGAAUCUUCGCAAUUCAUAAAAACAGCUGUCUCCCGGUUAUUGCUAAUCGGGGUUGGCGCUGGUGUCUGCUUGCUAGUAAAUGUAUGUGUCUAUCCCAUUUGGGCCGGUGAAGAUUUGCACAAACUAGUUGUGAAAAAUUUUAAAGGUGUUGCGGAUUCUUUUGAAGGUUGUGUGAAUGGUUAUCUGCAAUCUAUUGAAUAUGAGAGGAUACCUUCGAAAAUUCUUCUCUACCAGGCAUGGGAUGAUCCCGUGUACAGUGGGUAUAGAUCUGCUGUAGAGUCCACAAGCCAAGAGGAUUCUCUGUUGAGUUUUGCGGUAUGGGAACCGCCACAUGGUCGUUACAAAAUGUUUAGGUAUCCUUGGAACGAAUAUGUGAAAGUUAGCGGGGCAUUGAGGCAUUGUGCGUUCAUGGUCAUGGCUAUGCAUGGCUGUAUUCUUUCUGAGAUACAGGCAGCACCUGAACUAAGGCAGGUCUUCGGAAAGGAGAUUCAGAGAGUUGGGAGUGCGGGAGCUAAAGUGAUAAGGCAUCUCGGAGAAAAAGUAGAGAAAAUGGAGAAACUAAGCCCGGGAGAUCUGCUCGAAGAAGUGCAUGAAGCAGCCGAGGAGCUGCAGAUAUUGAUAGACCGAAAAUCGUACUUAUUGAUCAAUGCUGAGAACUGGGAGAGAGGGAAGCGGCCAAAGAAUUUACAGGAUCCCGAAGAGCUUCAAGACCUCAAGGAUAGCCACCAGAAACCAAUGCUGAUCAACUCCCUAAGCGAGGCAACGCUCAAUUUGAGAUCAAUGCAGUCCCUAAAGCACAUCGACGCUCAAAACCCAAACAUGAGUGUCAUUUCGCAAUGGGAAUCGACUAAUGACAUGCUGAAGCAACAGAUGAACUGGCCCUCCCGCCUCUCGAUGCUCGGGGACACCAUUCUCAACGAGCGCGAAGUCAGGACUUACGAGAGUGCCAGCCCGUUGUCACUGGCAACAUUCACUUCCCUGCUCGUUGAAUUUGUUGCCAGGCUUCACAAUCUCGUGGGGGCGUUCGAAGUUCUUAGCGAAAAGGCUAAAUUUAAGGAGCCAGUAGAUGAUGAUGAUGAUGAUGAUGAAAACUGAUACAUAAUUAAGAGCUUUUUAGGUAGGUUGAAACUCAGAGAGUGGAUUCUCAAUUCUAUCCCUUUCUGGGCUCAGAAGGUUUAAAGUCUCUGAUAUGAUUAUCACCUACUGAAUUUGUAUCUUUACUGCACUAUUGCAGAAAUGGUGUCUGUUGAAUCAGAUAUGAAGUUCACAGAAAUUUGUUUAUACCUUGUUUGGGCUGAAUGUAAAAUCCAGUAUUUGUAAUAUUCUUUUGCAGAAUCCAAAGUGGAGGAAACUUUAUUCUUUAUGUAUUGUAUAUUGUUUUUUUUCAUGCUGACA